AUGGCGCCCGAAACCCUCUCCUCCGUCGCCUUGGUCGUGGCUGCCACCGCGUCGGCGUAUCUCAUAUGGUUUUACUUCCUUGCCCGGAAGCUCUCCGGCCCCAAGGUCCUCCCUGUGGUGGGCAGCCUCCCCUUUCUCUUCCUCAACCGCCAGAGAAUCCAUGACUGGAUCGCCGACAACCUCCGCCGCACCGGCCCCUCCGCCACCUACCAGACAACCACCGUCGCCCUCCCCUUCUUCGCCCGGCGCCAGGCCUUCUACACCGUCACCUGCCAUCCCAAGAACAUCGAGCACGUCCUCCGCACCCACUUCGACAACUACCCUAAGGGCCCCACUUGGCAGGCCGCCUUCCACGACCUCCUCGGCCACGGCAUCUUCAACAGCGACGGCGACACGUGGCUCCUCCAGCGCAAGACCGCGGCCCUCGAGUUUACCACCCGGACCCUCCGACUCGCCAUGGGCCGCUGGGUCAACCGGACCAUCAAGAGCCGCCUCUGGCGCAUUUUAGACACAGCCGCUAAGGAUAAAUGCCACGUGGACUUGCAGGAUUUGCUGCUCCGCCUCACGUUCGACAACAUCUGCGGGCUCACCUUCGGGAAGGACCCGGAAACGCUCACCCCGGGUCUGCACGAUAAUCCAUUUUGCGUCGCGUUUGACAACGCCACGGAGGCGACCCUCCAGCGGUUGCUCUACCCAGGUUUCUUGUGGCGGGUAAAGAAGGCGGUUGGAAUAGGAGCGGAGGAGAAGUUGAAGAAGAACCUCGAAGUUGUCGAAAAUUACCUAAAUGAUGCCAUCGCCGCUAGGAAGGAGACGCCCUCCGACGACCUCUUGUCCCGCUUCAUGAAGAAAAAGGACGCCAACGGAAACCUGUUCCCGGGCGCCGUCCUCCAGCGCAUCGCCCUCAACUUCCUCCUCGCAGGCCGGGACACGUCAUCCGUCGCGCUGAGCUGGUUCUUCUGGCUCGUCAUGAACCACCCGGCUGUCGAGGGCAAGAUCAUCAAGGAAAUAUCGACGGUUCUGAAGGACACUCGUGGCGCAGAUCAGGGUAAAUGGGUGGAGGAGCCGUUGGGUUUCGAGGAGGCCGAUAGGCUGGUGUAUCUAAAAGCGGCGCUGGCAGAAACGCUGCGUCUGUACCCAUCUGUUCCAGAGGACUUCAAGUACGUGGUCUCCGACGAUGUUUUGCCUGACGGGACGUUCGUUCCCGCGGGAUCGACGGUGACUUACUCGAUAUACUCAAUGGGGAGGAUGAAGGCAGUGUGGGGGGAGGACUGCUCAGAGUUUCGACCGGAGCGGUGGCUGUCCGCAUGUGGGGACAGGUUCGAACCGCCCAAGGACGGGUACAAGUUCGUGGCGUUCAAUGCUGGACCGAGGACUUGCUUGGGGAAGGACCUGGCUUACCUGCAGAUGAAGUCGGUGGCUUCGGCCGUACUGUUGAGGUAUCGUCUGUCUCCGGUUCCCGGUCACCGGGUGGAGCAGAAGAUGUCCCUGACGCUGUUCAUGAAGAAUGGGCUCCACGUGUACUUGCACCCACGUGAACUUGCUCGUGCAGGCGCUGCCACCUCUGCUUAAGAAAGGGGGCACCUUCGUCUUUUCCCGGGUGCCUGCAAAUUUCUCAACCACUGCGCAACUGCAUAAUUUCCACGUGGCAUGGGAUGAGGGCAAUCAUGGUCAUUAAACAAAAGGUUGUACGUAGUUGUCCUUGUGGUGUUGUUAAAGGGUAUUUUGGUCAUUUAAUUUGUUUUUCUUCCUCCCGUUGCACAAUUGGUCUUCAUUUAGGUUUAGUUGGUAUUGAACAUUGGGUGUAUUGUUUAUCUUUAAUUUCACUGGGGAGGAUAUAUACACACACAUACAUUCAUAAGAGAAAAAGUUAUGUUUUGUUUCCUUAUAAAAUUUGUCCAUAUAUAUAAGUCAUGGAAAUGGGCUUUUAUAUAUGAUUGUAAUGAUUUUAUUUAUGAGUAAUAAACCAUACUAUUAUAUUUUUGUA